GACAACCGGCUGGGCGGCGAACUUUAGUCUGGCACAGAAACGAGUACAGCUUCGAUACACGUCGUUUUGCAAAGCAAAUGCGAUGAGAAAAAUAAAUGAGGAAAAAAAUUCGUGAAGCGAGAACCGUAAUUCCGUACCGUAAAAUUCCCCCUAGCGCGAGUCACGCCAUUGUGUAAGCGCAGAUUGUUUGCCAAUUGUGCGAAGGGCAUUUACUGCGGAACGGCCGAAUUAACUAGCAUCAUAAUCAUCGUUAUCGAAAAGUAGCCAAAGGAGUCGUUGAGCAAACCAAAUGCCGCAACAGCCGGCGGAGGCAACAGCAUCAGAACGAUGGCCCCAGCGCUCACAGCCGAGCCACUAAGUCCCAAGGAGAAGCUAACCAGCACCGCCUCGCCCUCGGCCCGCAGCUCCUCGGAAGGCGGAGGAGGAGGAGGCACUGGAGGCGGAGUGGCCAAGAAGCCGGCCACGCCCACCCCGGCCACGGCCACCACGAGGGUCACCCGCUCCUCGGCGGCAGCGGCCUCAGCUUCCCGCAACCCGCAGCAGCAGAGAUCCUCGCCAGCUGUGAACAACAAGCGGAAGUGGCGCUCCAAUGAUCCAAUGGGUCUGAGCACCGCCCCCACUCCACACAGCAGUAGUACCACGGCGGAUGCAGCGGUGGCCUCCACUUCCACAGUGGAAAAUAACAACAACAACAGUAGCAGCAGCACAUCCACCAGUCAUGUUUCCCCUCCCAAGGACAACUCCACGGCCCAGCUGCUGGCGGAUCUGACCAUCAACUUCGAGGAGACCAUUUCCGCCGACAUCUGCCUGAGGAAAACCCUGCCCGAUGUGAGUCUGGGCAAGGAGCCCGCGGUGGCCACCAGUUCAGCGGGUUCCGGAGGCGGAACCACCUCGGCGGAGGAGCUGCCAAAGAUAGAAACAGAUAAUAUAGAGGAGCGCCUCAGCCAGCUGGAUGGCAAUGCCAGUGCGAUGCCCGAGGAGCCUCCAGCUCCUGUUCCACCACCUCCUCCUCCGGCACCACCUGUGGAGGAGCCGCCGGGAACGCCCAGCAGGCUGCAGCAGCCGCCAGCCAGCCUACAGAUAGAUUCUCCUCAGCCCACGCGAAUCCAGCAGCAGUCAGUCCAACAGAUGACGCCGCAAAGCACUUCCAGUUCCAUUAACUUUCUCAAAGACGGCGCCGCCGGCGCUGUGCUGGAGGAUCAGGACAUCGAGGAGGUGCUCAAGGCGCUCAAAACAUUCGACGGCGGUCAUGUAAAUCCCGAUACCAUCUGCGAGUUCUUCGACGAGGUCUGGGAAGAGGCCACGCCGGCUGCUCCUCUGCCGCCAGCGGCUCAGGAAAAUGUGGUAAACGAUGUAAAGCCCGGCUGCAGUGAGAUCCUGGCCAGCGGCAGCCAGGAGAAUGUGAUCGUCAAGCAGGAGCAGCGGCCGUGGCAGGAAAUCCAUGCCGAACUGGAGCAGGAGCAGCAUGCGAUCUCGCGCCGCAUCGAUUUCUUGCUGCGCAGGAUGCGCAUGCACCAGGCGCGCGCCAUGUGCCGCCACACCAGCGAGGAGGUGGCCGGCAUCCUCGAGUGGUCGGCGCGCAGCUCCCACAAGGCGCCCGUUCCGGCGAGAAGUGCCACUCUUACCGAGCAGGAGGCCACCGUUCUGUCGAUUGUCUCCGGACGCCCAGGCGCCGCCUUCUGGGAGGAGCAGAACAAGCAUCCGCUGCCCGCCAGCCAGAUGAGCCAUGUGAUGCGGCACAUCUCGACGGCCGCUCGGCACCAGCAGAUCUGCCACUCGGCCAGCGGAAGCUCCGCCACUUUGGCGCCCUCCUCCAGCUGGUACAACAACUCCAACAGCUCAACGCUGCCGGCAAAGCGUCCACGAAAGAAUCAACUGGACGUUGGAGCAACGGGAGCAGCAGCAGUAGCAUCUGUAGCAGUUGGUUUAACGGCGGCCACGACGGGAUCAUCCACAACGGAGUUGAAUACGCCGCGGGCGGAUGACAUUGUGCCCAGCUUCGACACCUAUGUGACCAGUGAACUCACCCAUGUGGCCGGAUUGCUGAACACGGAACUGCGGGAGGUGCAGAACGCCAUCGAUUCGGAUGCCACGGAGUCGAGUUCGGGUGGCGAGUCCGCCGAUGAGAUGGUCACCUACAACAACACCCAGCAGCUGUCGCUAUCGAUCACUCGACGCGCAGUUUGGCGAUACUCGAGGGAUCGGGCAGGCAUAGCCUUGCGCUGGUCGUGGCUCUGCUCCCAGCUCAACGACCUGGAGAUGAAGAUCCGGCAGCACAGCGACCUCUACUCCGAGCUCAACCAGUCGAAGGGCGAGGUGCAGCUGGAGGCCACGCUACCGCCGCCUGCAAAUGGCCUGAAGGAGGAGCAUCCCUCGGGCGACUAUCUAUGCAGUCGAGCGCGGCCAUUGGUGCUGUCCGAGUUCCACAAGCGCAAGCUCUUCCAGACCACCAAUAUGCACACGAUUUCCAAGAAGGCGGCGCGACCCAGCAACAUCAAGUGCGGCUGCCAGUGGCCCCAGGUGCCAUGCACCCUGUGCACCGGUCGAACGGAUCCCACGGCGCCCAGGGAUCUCGUCGAGACGAUGAUGCCGGCCAACCGGGUGGCGCUGCUCGAUGCUGGCUACCAUCCAGUGCUCAGUUUCGCCAGCGAUGUCAGCCAGUCUGUGCACCUGGAGGCCGUUGCCCGCCAGCCGGACUGGCAGUACCGAGUGAUGCGCUGCCAGGCCAAGGCCAUUGUGAAGGCCAUGUGGAAGGCGGAGCGCGAGACGCUGGCCUCGGGCGGCAUCGGUGGACAGGCGGGCAGCCGGCGGUCGGGCGAUGCGGUCAAGCGGCGUUAUAUACGACGCAAGGAGCGCAACAACAACUCAAAUAAGGAGGCGGGCAGCGGAGUUAAAGCUGCCGGAGGAGCAGGAGGAUCAGCAGGCGGAAUCAGUGGCGUCGGGGGAGGGGAUAGCGGAAACGGUACUGGUACUGCUACUACUUCUUCUUCUACUACGCCUACUACAACGCCACUUGUGGCCAACAUGGCCAAGGGCAAGAGGCAACCACAACAUCAACAACCACAACAACACCCAACUGGAGCGAGCAAUUCCAGCUCGCUGUGGCCAGACUCUCGCCAACGCCAACGACCACGCCACCACAGUCCCUCCUCAACCUCGAUCUCGGCACUGAGCGGCGCUAAGAAGUCGCGCAAAUCCACCAGCAACAUCAGCAGCAGCAACUCCACACAGCAGCAGCAGCAUCCACACGGCAGCAACAUCAACAACCAUCUACUCAACGGCUACGGGGAUCAGUGGGGGGACCAGAGCAGGAGUCGUCGCAACUCCUCGCCCACCCACAGCCAUCGAAAUGAGAGAACCUCGGAGCGUCGCGUUCGUCCCAUCUAUGACAUCAAUAACAUCGUUAUACCCUACAGUAUGCUAGCCCAGUCGAAAAUGGAAAUUCUUCCCUACAAGGAGAUACCCAUACCCAAGUGGCGCAUUGUAGACAGUGAUAAUGAUAAGGCAAAACAUUCGACGGAUGAGUCAGCGGAGUGUAAACUGAGCAAUGGAGAGGAGCUACCCAAACCCCAGUUGCCGUCACAAAAACCAGAACAGCCGGCAGUGCAGCCACCAAAGGUCAAUGGUUUAAAGGAGAAGCAGGCAGCAGCAGUCAAGCACAAUAACAAUAAUAAUACCAACAAUAAUAAUAAUAAAAACGGACUGGUAAAUGGCAAUGCCAAAAAGGUGGAAGGCAAGCCGGCUGUAGAGGAUCACAAUAAGGAAAAGAAGGUAGAGGAGGUCAAACCCAAGCUCAAUGGCAACUUGGCUAAAAAUCCCAAUGACAAUGAAGAGAUCGCACAGCCAGCCACAGAACCACCACUGCCCAAGCGACCCAAACUAGAGACUCCAGCCUCCUCCGACGAGAUCACCAAGUCCAAGGUGAAUGGACAGCUGGUGGAGCUGCCAGCGGAAGUCCGCGAGAAUCCAGACGAGGAGCAGGCAGAGGAAGAUCUCUCGGAUGAGGCCUUCAUCAUGCGACAUCAGCGCGCUCUUCUCGAGGAGCGUCGCCGCUUCGAGACCUUCCUCAAGUUCCCCUGGAGCACUCGAUCGCGUGCAAAUCGACGUGUUGAUAGUCGUGCCGAAUCGAGUGGCGCCAAUACACCGGAUCCCGCCUCGCCAGCUCCGCAUCUGGGCGGGAUUGGACACGACAUCGAAAGCAUUCCCUCGCCGCUGGCUCAUCCUCUCGACGGGUUUAACGACAGCGGCGAGCUGCUGGCGGGCGGACAGGCGCGUCAAGCACGGCGUCGAACUACGUCCAGCAAGCUCAAGGAUCCGGUGGAGCGGCGCAGCACCACGCCCGAUCUGCGGGAGCCCUAUGCGCAGCUGCCAUCGCCCUUUGAGCCUUUACACUUUCCGCUCUCCGAGGAGGUCUACCAGCGAAUGCUGGCCGAGACGUACGCGACGCCCAGAUCGAUGUCGGGGGGUCCAAAGCGGGCCAAGAGCAAGUCGAUAUCCUCGAACUGCGAUGGCAACAGCUCCACCACGGGAGGCAGCGGUAGUCGGCGCAGCAGCAAGUCCAAAAUCAAACUAAAUGGGCAGUUAAAUGGACAGCUGAAUGGCCAUCCUGCGGCAGCCAAGUUAAAGUUAAACGGAGGAACAGAUGGUGGAAGAGAAGCGGAAAUUUCCGAGCCGGAAGAGGAGGAUAUGCUGCUGGAGGAGGAGGAUGACGACUAUCCCAAGCAUCAUCUGGCGCCGCUGGACGAUGAGGAGCAGUCGGCGCCGGAUGGCGAGCUGGAUCUGUACGAUGCGGCGAUCGAUGCCUAUCUGGGCGAUCCGGAGGCGCUCGAGGAGGAUAUGGCCGAUGAUCCCUUUGAGGACGACGACCCCAACGAUCCGGAGUGGAAGACCCGGACCGAGGGCGUUCGCAGCAGACGCAUCUAAGACCAAAACCCAAAGCAAACAACUUUCGUUUUCGUGAUUUAAGUCUUUUUAAACAAACGAUUUGUGAAUUUUUAAGCUCCAAACACACAACCCCUACACCCAAAAACACACAACACACAAAUCAGCCGGCGCAGAGCAAGAAUUUUAAUUUGUUUUAAACGGAUUGGUUUGCACUCACAACAGCAUUGCGUAUUUUAAGCAAUUGUCUAAGUUAUUUAGUUCUACGAACCCACAUUAAAAUCGCAGAUAAGCAGAAAACACAAAAGUCUACAACAAACGAAGCAAAAGCAGAAGCGAAACUCUUGAAAUAAUCAAUGUAAAUAAAAGCUAAACACAUAUAGA